GAGACGGAUGAAGAGGUUCAUCGCUGGAGUGUCAGGCGUUCUGUGGACGACUUCGAAGAUACGGUCCGAAGUGGUCUCAGGCCGAAUGUCGUGUUCGACUCCAGCGGCUCUAAUGCCCAUUGGCUCAGACAUCGCAUUGACCUCGCGAGGCGGAGAGGGUAUUUCACCGAGCUUCUGUGGGUGGAUGUUCCGGUUGAGAUUGCCCUGCUGCGCAACCGGAACCGCGGUUUCCAGCAAAACCGACGCGGGCAGUUUUGCCCAGAGAAGAUCAUCCUGGACAAGGCAAAGGUCUUGGAACGCAGCUUUGAGGAGCUCAGCAAAGUCGUGCACGUGGCCGAGCGGAUGCAGAACUGGUCCGAAGAUUCGCACGAGCUCGAGGAAGCCAAAGAGGAUCUUUACCUCUACCCCGCCCCCCGAAGUCGUCCACCCGCCCUGCGGCCGGGCAUGAAGCAGUACGGCGAGGCUCCAGACGGCGCUCGGCCCCCCUCGCCCUCAGCCGGUUCCCGCCGGAAGCUGCGAAUUGGGCCUUGGAAACGCAACGAAGAGGUCACAAAGAGAAAGGAUGCCAGGUUAGCCUGGAUGGAUCGCGUCUACCGUGGUGAUCGCGAAUACUAUGUGGACAAGCAUGUCUUGGGCAGUCGGCAAGUGCUCUUGGAGCGGAACAAGUUUCCUUAUGAACUCCCACCUGGGGCCGAGCAUUGGACCAUUUGGAGCAGGAAGCAAAUGGAUCACCAGGAACUCUGUGAUUAUGUGGAGGCAUGGCUGGAUGCACGGGAACCACAUCACGUGGUUUCCUGGAAUUAUGACGACAACCGUGGCCGCCGCACCAUUAAUAUCUGGCACGUUCACAUCUACUUCCAGGGCCGAGGUGGACGGGCGCCCAACUUGCUGUGCCCCAGUCAUGAGGAGGCCACGAUGGGAGCUAAGGAGAAAGAGGAGGUGCGCCGCUGGGAAGCCGAUUUGUUUGUGAUCAAUCUGGACUGCGAAGACGUGAAGCUCCUUCAGAGGAAGCCAUGGCGUCGAAGGAAGGACAAGUCACCACGGCACUACGGGCACGCUGGGCACCAACCGCGAGGCCUGCAUGCCAUCGACGGCAAGUCCGUGUACCUCGUGAUGCCGGAUCGCUUUGGACGUGAGGGAGGCGUCAGUGCUGGUGACCACAGCAGCUGUGAAGGGAACAACUGGUGCAAUGGCACUCUUCAAGGCAUCACGGAGCAUUUGGACUACAUCCAGGGAAUGGGCUUCGACUGUAUAUGGGUAACACCCGUGGUACUGAACUUGUAUGGCCCAGAUGGACAAUCUGGCUAUGGUUACCAUGGAUAUUGGGCUCAGGACUGGUUCCGGAUCGAUCCCAACUUCGGUACCACGGAGGACAUGAAACGCUUGGUGAACAAGACCCACGAGCUCGGCAUGUGCUUCAUUUUGGACAUUGUGUUAAACCACGUUCGUCCGAUCCAUAGUCUGGCGGAGCUGGCUCUGGUGAAUCCCUUCAAUGAAACAGAAUACUUUCACUUGCGCAACAUUUCCAACAUGACUUUUGACGAAUAUACCGAAAAGAUGUCCGGUUGGCCGUACCCAACGCAAGGAAUCGGCCCUGGCGCCCAAUGCUACCUGCAGUUCUUCGCCAAUGGCGAACCAGAUGGAACCAACAACGGUACCUAUUGCAACAACUAUCCGGGCAACAACUACUCCAAGGAAAAUUACUUUGGAGACCGAGCUCAUGGACCUCCGUAUUUGAAGUAUUGCAGUGUUGGCAACUACGAGUGUUCCGGAUACAACGAAGUGAUGUCGCAGCAGGGCUGGUUUUAUGACCUGGCCGAUCUGAAUCAAAGUGUGCCCUUUGUCAGAGAACAGUUGAAAAAAUAUGUGAUGUGGUUGGUGGACGAAUUUGAUGUCGAUGGCUUUCGUUUGGACACCACUCCCUACAUGCCGCAUUGGUGGUUGAAAGAAGUGCAGGAGAUGCUCUCUGCCCUGGACAAUCCACUUCAUAUCCUGGGAGAGGUCACAGCCUCCAACAUUAGUUUUCAUGCUUCCUAUCAACUGAAGGAUGGUCACCCAGUGCUCGGCGGGAUGGAGAAUUUCCCCCUGGUCUAUGCUGCAGUGCCAGGAUAUUGCGGUUGGCCAAACCAGCUUCUUUCUCCUGUGGCGCAAUAUGAUCUGAAUUAUCUCUCGAAUUUCACCCGUGUGCAAUUGUUUAGUGGAUUGUACAGCAAUACUGACUUGCUGAUGAACAUGAUGGACAAUCAAGACGAUCCGCCCAUCGCCAGCCUCACACAUAGCUUGGACGGGACGUCAGGCGGUUGCCAAGACGAUGUCCAUAGACUGCUGAAUGCGUGGGCUUGGUUGUUCUUCGCCAGAGGCAUGCCAGUUCUUACCUGGGGCGACGAGCAAGGCAACACAGUCUUUCGCAAUUCCCUGUGGCAGUUCAAGUGGAAUCAAACCACAUGGCAGUAUGAUUUGAUCAAAAAGAUGAACCGCAUCCGCAAGGAGCGAAAGUUGCACAAGAAGUUCAUGCGAGUCCCGAAGCUUCUUUGCAAGGAUGACUGCGGCAAAGAUCAGUUCGUGUUCCAUCGUGGUCCCAGGAGACAUAAGGAUAGCGUCUGGGUCUUCACCAACAAUCUGCCGAGCUACACCAGAGAGGUCACCUACAACGUCCAUUUGCCCAAAGCACCCCCGGGCUAUCGCUGGAAGAACAUCUUCGAUGAGCAACAGAACUUCGGGAGAGAACGGGUCUUGGGAUUCGUGUGGACGCAUAGCACCAAGCCCUUGGUUCUGGUGCCGGUGCCGGAUCACCAACACAGCUGGUGA